AUGGCGAUUUUUGGCAGCGAACCCGUCAUGAGUAGUUCAUCUAAAAGUUACACAAAGUUGUCAUGGGUUCGCUAUAUUAGAGACACACAGCCUCUAGACCCUCGGGAGUUUGUUCAGCGAUAUGUUAGAUGUCACAUCUUCUGUCUGCUGGGAACCACCCUCUUCGCGGAUAAGUCGAAAGCGUAUGCCCACACAAAAUACCUAUCACUGCUCCAAAAUUUUGAGCAGAUCGGCACUUACAGUUGGGGGUCAGCAACUCUUGCACAUCUUUACAGGGCACUGUGCCAUGCAUCGUGGUACGAUUGCAAGGAGAUGGAUGGCCCACUGAAUUUGUUGUUUGUUUGGGCAUGGGAGUGA